AUGGAAGGCCUCAAGCAGACGUUUGCUCGCUGCAAGGCGCAGAACAGGUCUGCCCUUGUCACCUAUGUCACGGCCGGUUUCCCCAACCCCGCAGCCACUCCCGAUGUCCUUCUGGCUAUGGAGAAGGGCGGCGCCGAUGUUAUUGAGCUCGGCGUUCCGUUCUCUGACCCAAUUGCCGAUGGCCCUACCAUCCAGACUGCCAACACCAUCGCUCUCCAGCAUGGCGUGACCACCGAGGGCGUCCUCGACAUGGUCCGCGUGGCCCGCAAGCGUGGCCUCAAGGCUCCCAUUCUCCUCAUGGGCUACUACAACCCCCUCCUCAGCUACGGCGAGGAGCGUCUCCUCAAGGACUGCAAGGAAGCCGGUGUCAAUGGCUUCAUCAUUGUCGAUCUGCCCCCCGAGGAGGCCGUCUCCUUCCGCAGACUCUGCACCCGCGGCGGUCUCUCCUACGUCCCCCUCAUUGCUCCCGCCACCUCGGAUGCCCGCAUGCGUAUCCUCUGCCAGCUCGCCGACUCCUUCAUCUACGUCGUCUCUCGCCAGGGCGUCACCGGUGCUAGUGGCACCCUGAACGCUCACUUGCCGGAGCUCCUCGCCCGUGUGAAGAAGUACAGUGGCGACAAGCCCGCGGCCGUCGGUUUCGGUGUCAGCACUCGCGAUCACUUCCAGUCCGUGUCUCAGCUUGCAGAUGGUGUUGUCGUCGGCAGUCAGAUUGUUACUACCAUUAUGAACGCCGCCGAGAACGAGAUCAACAAGGCUGUCCAGGAGUACUGCGGUUACCUUUGCGGUCGCACCACCUCCCCCGAGGAGGAGGCCACCCGCGAGGUUGGCAUUCUCGAGGCCAUCAACGGUGCUCAGGAGACUGGAGAUGUGUCCGUGGAUGCUGUCAUCAAGGAGACGGAUGACCUUGUUGCCCAGCUCGACAUGAUCAACUCUGAUCUCCCCAAGCGUUUCGGCGAGUUUGGUGGCCAGUACGUCCCGGAGUCCCUGAUGGACUGCCUUUCCGAGCUUGAGGACGGCUUCAACAAGAUCAAAGAUGACCCGGCUUUCUGGGAGGAGUACCGCUCUCACUACCCCUGGAUGGGCCGCCCCGGUCACCUCCAUCUGGCUGAGCGCCUGACGGAACACGCUGGUGGUGCGAACAUCUGGCUUAAGAGAGAGGAUCUCAACCACACCGGUUCCCACAAGAUCAACAAUGCCCUCGGUCAGCUCCUUCUCGCCAGGAGAUUGGGCAAGACCAAGAUUAUUGCCGAGACCGGUGCCGGCCAGCACGGUGUAGCCACAGCUACCGUCUGUGCUAAGUUCGGCAUGGAGUGCACCGUUUUCAUGGGCGCUGAGGAUGUUCGCCGCCAGGCUCUUAAUGUGUUCCGCAUGAAGCUUCUCGGCGCCAAGGUCGUUGCCGUCGAGGCUGGCAGUCGCACCCUCCGCGACGCCGUCAACGAGGCUCUCCGCUCUUGGGUCGUCAACCUCGAGGACACCCAUUACAUCAUUGGAUCUGCCAUCGGUCCCCACCCCUUCCCCACCAUUGUCCGCACCUUCCAGUCCGUCAUUGGCAGAGAGACCAAGCAGCAGAUGCUCGAGAAGCGUGGCAAGCUCCCCGAUGCCGUCGUUGCUUGCGUCGGUGGCGGCUCCAAUGCCGUCGGCAUGUUCUACCCCUUCGCCGAGGACAGGAGCGUCAAGAUGUUGGGCGUGGAGGCUGGUGGUGACGGUGUCGAUACCCUUCGCCACAGUGCUACUCUCACUGCUGGCUCCAAGGGUGUUCUCCACGGCGUCCGGACCUACAUCCUCCAGAACGAGCACGGCCAGAUCGACGAGACCCACUCCGUCUCCGCCGGUCUCGACUACCCCGGCGUCGGCCCCGAGUUGUCCAACUGGAAGGAUACCGACCGUGCCAAGUUCAUUGCUUGCACUGAUGCCCAGGCCUUUAUUGGUUUCCGUCUGAUGAGUCAGCUGGAGGGUAUCAUUCCCGCCCUUGAGUCUUCCCACGGUAUCUGGGGCGCCAUUGAGCUCGCCAAGACCAUGAAGAAGGGCGAGGACGUUGUCAUUUGCCUGAGCGGUCGUGGCGACAAGGACGUGCAGAGCGUUGCUGAUGAGCUGCCCAAGAUUGGACCUGUCAUUGGCUGGGACUUGCGCUUCUAA